AGUAGUAACGUCAUAAAACUUCUAUUUAACUUGAAAAAAAUAGUAACCAGUUACAAAAAUUAAUUAAUAUCCUGUGAAAACUAUGAUUGAUAUAAAUGUAAUGUGAUAGUAAGAUAUUUUAUUACUAUGAUACAACGCCCGGUUAUAUUAUCAGUCGUUCUUUUCUGCUGGAUAAAUCUGUUCUCAAUAAACAUGGGAUGUCAGUAGUAAAGCUUUUCAAGUUAAUGAAGAAGGAAGAGACCUGUUGACAAUUGGAAGAAAGAGUGAUUAAGUCGUGGGAAUAUCGGCAUGACGUAUACCACUAGAUAAAAGGUUUUUCAUUUUAUAGUGUCGUGGAAGUGCUCAUGUGUGAUAAAUAUAAAAAAAAAUCUUGACAUAAAUUAGCAUAUGUUUUAAUUCUGAUGUUCAUUUAGUUAUCUGGAACGUGAUUGAAAAAGUACUCUGGUAUGAAGACGGAAAGCAAUUCACUAUUCUCACUGCUGGCUAAAACACGUGACACACGUGCAGAAUUUGAAUGUCAGCAACAUGUUCAUUGGUUCCGGAACAAAUCCUUCCUGUUUCGUUCGCUUAAACCAGAGAUCGUUGCAGACGUUAUACGUCAUUGUGAGUAUGAGAGAAAGAAGAAGGAUGAUGUACUUAUUAAACAAGGUGACAGUGGUGACAGAUUAUAUAUCAUACUAAGAGGGUCUGUGUCCGUGUAUGUUAUACAUGAUCAGAAAGAUAAUCCGGCGGAUGUGCUGAAGCAAGUAAAUGCAGCAUGUAAUGGUCCUGACUUUGACAGGUCUGAACUAGGACAGUAUGUGUGGACAGGAGGAGAGGGCAAAUGCUUUGGAGAAGUUGCUCUACUAAAAGAGGACUGUAUACGUACAGCGACAGUAGUUGCUGACGGAGAUACAGAUCUCGUUAUUAUUGACCGCAAUCUGUACAACAGAUCUGUGAAGGACGUUCUCGAGAUGGAAUAUAAUCUGAAAACCAAGUUUGUCGAGGAAAACACUUUGUUUAAAACAUGGCCUAUCAAACAGAAGAAGUUGUUAGUUGUUGCUUUGAAGAAAGAAAGUGCAAAAUAUGGGUCUUAUCUCUUAAGACAAGGAAGUAUUGCCGAUCAUAUGUACUUCUUACUAAGUGGUGAAAUAGAGAUAACCUGUGACCAAAGCCAAUUUAAGAGACAGUAUCCAGAAUUAUGGCGGGAAAUGGAAACACUAUUACCGGGACUACUUCCGAGACGACAUUCAGAGACGCCUCAUGAACGUUUGAAAAGAAAGAAGUUGCAGCGAAAGGUCUUACAGAUGUGUCUCCUUGGGUCAAAUGAAUCUGUUGGUGUGUAUAAAUAGAAAUUUCAUUGCC